GUCACUUCUCCCGCUGCACAUGUACGGCUGCUGCAGUCUGCGUCUGCGUGUCUGCGCCUUAACGCCACAAAGGGCUGCAUGAAUUAAUCUAACGGGAAUAUAAACACGUCAUGAAAAGAUUUUAUAUAAUCUAAAGCAAAAAAAAAAUGUUUAUGAUGUGCUGCCCCGGUAAGUAGGCGCGCGCUUCCCCAAUCAGGGCCGCGGUAACGCCCCCUAGCGGAAGCGCUGCGCAGUCAGAUCAGCGCCGCCUCGGAGUGAAACUUGUCUCCACCUGGAUCGAGCCGGACUUGGGGCUUUACUGUCCGGCGAGCGGGAGAGAAAAAGAAGGGGAGAGAAAGAAGGAAAGGCGGAGAGACGAUGCGACGGAAACAGAAGCGGCUGCUGCAGUUGGCGGGGCUGCUGCUGGCGGCUCUGCUCUUUUUGCCCAACGUGGGUCUCUGGUCCCUCUACCGGGACCGGGUGUUUGAGAACUCGCCGGGGAUCGCAGACGGGCCGGCCGGCAUCGCGCAGAUCCAGUCCGAUCUGUUGCGUAUGGUUGAGUCUGAUCGUGCGUGUAUUUCCGAGCGGGAGGCGAAGAGGCCAGCGCGACCCUGCGGCAGGACCGACUCGCUUUCAGGAAGUCGGCGCUUUGCCGAAAAACUUUUGCGGCGUCUCUUCGCCGAACCUGCGGGCUGUCCCCCCUCGGGGCUCCGGCUCCGUGGCGUGAUAGGAGCCCGGAGUCGCCACUACAGCAGCCGGCAUGCUCAUCUUCUGUUCCGUCGUGGAAUUGCGGAGCCCCCCCACCGGCUUGCCGUGCUUCCCGUAGCCGGACCAGGCGUGCUGUCAGCCGGCGGACUCUGCAAGCGGAAGCUGUAUGCGGAGAAGCUUCCCAACACCAGCGUCAUCAUCCCGUUCCACAACGAGGGCUGGUCCUCGCUGCUCCGCACCGUGCACAGCGUGCUGAACCGCUCCCCCCCGGAGCUCGUGGCCGAGAUCAUCCUGGUUGAUGAUUUCAGCGAUAAAGAGCACCUGAAGGCCUCCUUGGAGGAGUACAUGGUUCGCAUGCCCAAAGUGCGGAUCCUGCGCACCAAGAAGAGAGAGGGCUUGAUCAGGACGAGGCUAUUGGGAGCCUCUGCAGCCAGGGGUGAGGUCAUCACAUUCCUGGACUCCCACUGUGAGGCAAACGUGAACUGGCUGCCCCCCCUGUUGGAUCGGAUCGCCCAGAACCGCAAGUCUAUCGUCUGCCCGAUGAUCGACGUCAUCGACCAUGACAACUUCGGCUAUGAGACACAGGCAGGCGAUGCCAUGCGGGGGGCCUUCGACUGGGAGAUGUACUACAAGCGCAUCCCCAUCCCGGCAGAGCUGCAGAAGGAGGACCCCAGCGAGCCGUUCGAGUCUCCCGUCAUGGCUGGAGGACUCUUCGCCGUCAACAGGAAGUGGUUCUGGGAGCUCGGAGGAUAUGACGCGGGGCUUGAGAUCUGGGGAGGGGAGCAGUAUGAGAUCUCCUUCAAGGUCUGGAUGUGUGGCGGCCGAAUGGAGGACAUUCCGUGCUCCCGGGUCGGCCACAUCUACAGGAAGUACGUCCCGUACAAGGUCCCGGGCGGCGUCAGUCUGGCCAGGAACCUGAAGCGUGUGGCGGAGGUGUGGAUGGACGAGUACGCCGAGUACAUCUACCAGCGGCGGCCCGAGUACCGGCACCUGUCCGCCGGGGACGUAGCGUCGCAGAAGGAGCUGCGGAGCAGUCUGGGCUGCAAGAGCUUCAAGUGGUUCAUGGCGGAGGUGGCCUGGGACCUGCCCAAACACUACCCGCCAGUGGAGCCGCCUGCCGCUGCCUGGGGAGAGCUACGCAACUCGGGCGGCGGCCUGUGCGUCGAAAGCAAGCACUUCGCCUCGGGGUCGCCGAUCCGUCUGGAGAAGUGCCAGAAGGGGCGGGGCGAGGCAGGCUGGAGCCACGGACAGGUGAGGGCUUUGCCCCCGCCCCCCCCCACGCAGGAUAAGAGUCUGUACCACCCAGUCAGUAACAGCUGCAUGGACGGCAGCACCUCGGAGAAGAAGGUCUUCAUGAGCACGUGUGACUCCAGCUCUCCGAGCCAGCGCUGGAUAUUCGAGAAAACCAACAGCACUGUGCUGGAGCAGUUCGGCAACGACAUCUGAGUUCCGGCGACCUCUUCCACCUGCUCCCUUCCGACGAGGAAGAAACCAACUCAGGAAUGUGCUCUGCGGUGGGGUUGGGUUUGGUUGGGGCGUGGGAUGAAGUAGUUUCAGUAACUAUGUACAUAUUGAAAUCACUACAGAGACCAACUGGGCCGGUUGAAAUGCAGCCGUGUUUGGAGGGAGGAGGCAAGGGAUGAGAAACUUACCUUGGCCAGGAGAGGGCGCCAGCAAGUACUUCAGGAUCUGGACACUGGUCUGGUUCAGGUUACCUUCUGCCGAGCCAGGCUUCCAGGAAGCUCGCGGAUGUGUCCUCUGGUGCAUCUGUCCCCGUUACGGACGUCAGCCUCUCGCCCACGGUCCCUACUACCCCCCCCCCCACACACACACACACACGCAGCAGCACGUCCACCAUCUGUGACACCGAGGGACUUCUCAGUCGGCAAAACCUAGGGCAUCAUUGUGGAUGCUGGCAGAUGGUAGAGAUUCUGUGCGGAGUCUGUACCCUUGAUGCUAUGGGAUGCUGUGGCAUCGGAACAGGAGAAAUGUCUAUAGAAGAAUGCUGUUUGUUUUUUUUUUUCUUUCUUUAAUGUCAGAUGUGUGGCUUAUUUGAGUGUAAAUUAUGGUAUAAGAGGCAGUCCCCACUUUUAGAAGUAAGGGCUUGGAUACCAUUAAUGCAUUACACACUUUUUUUUUUUUUUAGUUAUACGCCCUCUGAUAAGCUGAGUCAACAUUACGGUGCAUAUAGUGCAGUAGAUGACAUGGAACUUUAUCUUCAGUUGCCAUAGGAGCUUCCGGAAAGAGUUCAGUAGGGGAUCCCAGGGUGUUGCUUGGGAUGGCUGUAUGACGUCACCCCUGGACUGGCCUGGUCCUCGGGCAGCUGCCGAGGUGACACUCCUGUAACACGGGGGCACUUUAAACGUUAAACUUGAAUGAAAUCUCAGUGCCUUGUCGGGCGGCGGAAGAGAGAAGCGUGGCCUGGUCAAAACGCCGGCUUCUCUCGUCUCUUGUUUGGUCUGAAAAUCAUGCCUUCUGUCUUUCUUCCCCUGGGUAUUGACUCUCUCUUUCUUUUGAUGGGUUGUAUUUAUUCCUGUAUGUUUCUAUUGGGAGUGAAGAGGAAUACCCACCUGAAGAGCCCAACAAUGAAACGUUAUAAAGGGUUAAAACAGGUCAGGCAUCCACACAUGGCCCUCACAUCCCAUCCCAUCCCAUGCAGUUCCACCCCAUCCUAUCCCAUCCCAUGCAGUCCAAUCUUGCUCCAUCCCAUUCCAUCCUAUCCCAUGCAGUUCUCCCAUCCAAUGCAAUCCCAUGCAGUCCCAUCCCACCCCAUGCAGUCCAAUCUUGCUCCAUCCCAUUCCAUCCAGUCCCAUUAUAUUCCAUCCUAUCCCAUGCAGUUCUCCCAUCCAAUGCAAUCCCAUGCAGUCCCAUCCCACCCCAUGCAGUCCAGUCCUGUUCCAUCCCAUUCCAUCCCAUGCGGUCCCAUCCUGAUCCGUCCCAUCCCAUGAUGCUCCAUCCCACCCCAUGCCGUUCCAUCACAUGCUGUCAUGCGAUGCAAAACUUACACACCGCAAAGCCACAUUUGGAACUUCAUGCAAAGUCUUUGUAAAGAAGUGAUGGCAGAGCCUUUUAAUUCAGUCAUUGCCCUUCUGAUGUUUUCCCAGGUGUGAAUGGGGGGGGGGGUGGUGUUUCCUCUGUGUGGUUAUAGGAUGGUUUCAGGUUCAUAACCGAUUCAUACUGCAUGUCAUUAAAGACUGGGGGGGGGGGUGUCUGCGUGCCUAUUAAUGCUCACUGCAUUUCAGGUGAUGGUCAGAUCGAUUUGAACGGGACAAUGCAUUAAUGUGCACUUAUAUUUAAGUAUUUAAGCGUUGUGUUUGUUUUAGAGGAUAUUUUAUUUCCCCUCUUUUCUGGUUUUAGUUUUUUUUUCUGGAGUGUGGUGCAUUUUUUUAUGAGACAUCUUAAAAUCCACAUUGUAGUAUUUGAAGCAUAAAAAUGCACAUACCUAACUAGAUUCCAAAUACGCUGAACAAGAAGAUGUUUAGUUUAAAGGAGCUGGGAGUGGAGUUUGCACCUUAAUGUCGCAUCUGCACUUUGACCGGGGGGCACCUAGUCUGUGUCACUGCAUUGCUUUGGUUAUGAAUGUGGAGCGACUCGAAUAUUAACCUAGACGUGGGGCUGUACAGCAGAUCAGGGUAGCAUAAUCAAAUCAGACCUGGCUGUUCAACAAUAUUCUCGUUAAUACUGAUAUUACUAAGAGAGGUAGCUGUAAUACUGAUGACGAAUGGCAUUAAGCGAUGACCUCAUACGAUUCAGAGAGAUCUGUGAUUACGUGAAAUCCGCAGCUCGGGGGUCAAAGUUCAUUCAACAGCGACGUACCGAAUUUCAUUUAGCUGUGGUGUUCCAGUUCUUGUCUCUAUUUCUUGUUCUUUAAAUGUUUCUUUAGUAGUUUGAUCUACCGGUAAACUGUUCAAACGAAUGCUUUAAAUAGAUUCUGAUGAGAAAAGAAAAUCAAUAGGGAGUAAUUCAUUGACCUGUUCUGUCUUCGUUGGCGAGUGACAAAAAUCCCACAGAAGUAGGCCUAAAUGUAGCCGAGUGAUGCUUAUUUGAAUGAUCCAUUUGUGCGAAUGAUCCGAAGAGCGAGUGUGCCCUUGAUAUCGACAUCCCUUUAGUUGUGAUCCACUUUUUUUAUUUUAAUUUCAUUAAAAUACUUUAUUGUAAACUAAGAAUUUGUUAACAUGUGGAUUGGGAAUAUGUACGUUAGUUUAACAUAAUUUGAAUUUAACCUGCUGACGACUUUAAGGUUUAGGUAAAUGUACCUUUUUCUGUUGUAGACUGUCCGUUUCACGAAGUCUGUAAUCUGGAACUGUACAAUUUUAGAAGCGAUUACGGACUCGAUAUUUUAUACAGAGCAUAUUCUUUCAUUAACUCAUGUCGGGGAUAGAAUACUAAGACAGUUUCCUUUUUAAUACUGUUUUUGUUUGUUACAGUUCGUGAUUCAUGCUAAACUACGUACACGUCUUGUUUUGAGAAUCUGUGUACAUUUUGUAUCUCAUUCAGUAUUUUUUUUUGUACUGACACAGAAGUAAAAAGAUAUUUAGAUAUACAAUGAACUGUAAAACUAAACUGGAAUCCUAUCAUAUUUUUGCUGAAAUGUGAAAUUAAAAAAAAAAUCUAUAUUUGAAUAA